AUGGACGACGACAGGAGACCACCCUCCCCGGAGCCCAGCGAGCAGUCAGUUCUCCCGGAUACUCCACGGUCUGCAGCAGGUCAGGCAGGCCUAGCCGGAGUAUAUCAGCUCAUGGCACAAGUGCUGCAACAGCAACAGAUGAUGCAGCUGGCCGCUAUGCCUUCGGCAGACUCCUGCUACGAGAGGUUCCGCCGACUGAACCCCCCAACCUUUGAGGGUGGGCCUGACCCCAUGGCGGCAGAAGCAUGGAUCCGGGAGAUGGAGAAGAUGUUCCGAGCCCUCCACUUUUCCGAUGAGGUGACGGUCCGGCUGGCGAUCUCUAUGCUGAAAGGGAACGCCGAGUACUGGUGGACGGCCAUGGAGACGGCUUAUGCCAUCGACGGACUCACCUGGAGGGACUUCAAGAGGCUGUCUUACAACCAAUAUUUUCCGGACUCAGUCCACCAGGCAAAGCAGAAUGAAUUCUUGGCGCUGACCCAGACCGACCAGAUGUCUGUUCUGGAGUACGCCAAUAAAUUCAACGAGCUGGGACGAUUUUGCCCCCAGUUCAUGGAGGAGGAGAGAAGUAAGGUAAACAGGUUCGAGCAGGCAUUGAGGUACGGAAUUUGGUCCCGAAUAUCCUCCCAUCUAUUCUCGAGCUACCGGGAUGUACUGGACCGAGCCUUGAAGGUUGAGGCCGACCUGAUGCGGUCCAAGAGAGAGAGGGAGGACAUGAAGAGGACCCGAUCGUCGGGAGCACAGAGUAGUGGGUCCGGAGGCAGCAAGGGGUCUGUGCCCAAGAAGAGACAGAGCAGAGGCUGCCCCACCUGUGGCAAAAACCACAAUGGUACCUGCUUGAAGAAGACCGGGGGUUGUUUUUCUUGCAGGCAGACAGGACACAUCGCCCGCGACUGCCCGAGUCGGAAGAAGGACGAGCCCAGACAUACUGCACCGGAGGACCAGAGAUCGAGGGGUAACCCUCGGGUUUUCGCACUGACUCGACAGGAUGCCAGUGCUAGCGAUCAGGUGGUGACAGGUACACUUCUGGUCAACUCAGCCCCUGCCCUCACUCUAUUUGAUUCUGGUUCUACGCAUUCUUUCGUGUCAGUUAGCUUUUCCAGACAAUUACAUAGCAUACCUGAGAAAUUAGUGGAACCAUGGCAUGUUGCUACACCCCUUCAGAAAACCGUAAUUAUUGACACUAAAUAUAGAGACUGCAUAACUCAGAUAGGGGAAAGAGAGUUAGAGACAAAUCUUCUGCAGCUUGACAUGCAAGAUUUCGAUAUUAUUUUGGGCAUGGAUUGGAUGUCUCAGUACCAUGCUCAUAUUGACUGUUAUCAUAAAAGGGUGGUAUUUCAGAUACCUGGAGAGCAAGAAUUUUUCUUUCAGGGCGACAUACCCCUUCCGGGUGCUCCUACACUGCACUUUAUUUCCGCUUUGAAAGCUGGAAAGGCUCUGAAAAAAGGGUGUAUGGCCUAUCUGGCCUGUGUAACGGAUACUCAAAAAGAGAUCAAACUGGAAGACAUUCCAGUAGUUAGAGAAUAUCCGGAUGUCUUUCCGGAGGAAUUACCGGGAUUACCCCCAGACCGAGAGAUCGAAUUCGCUAUCGACCUCGCACCAGGAGAGGGGCCAGUCUCCAAGGCUCUUUAUCGGAUGGCCCCUACUGAGUUAAGGGAAUUGAAGAUACAACUACAAGAACUCCUGGACAAAAAGUUCAUCCAGCCCAGUGCGUCGCCAUGGGGAGCUCCUGUCCUGUAUGGGCACUAUGAAUUUCUGGUUAUGCCUUUUGGACUGAUCAAUGCUCCAGCUGCAUUUAUGGACUUGAUGAAUAGAGUCUUUAGGCAAUAUUUGGAUCAGUUUGUGAUAGUUUUUUUCGACGACAUUCUAACCUACUCAAGGAGCAGAAAGGAGAAUGAAGACCAUUUGAGGGUGGUGCUACAAACCCUUCGAGAGAAAAGGCUGUACGCCAAGCUGAACAAAUGUGAGUUCUGGCUGGACAGUGUAGCGUUUCUCGGCCAUGUGGUCUCCAAGGAAGGAGUGUCAGUGGACCCCAAGAAGAUAGAAGCGAUGGUGGACUGGCCUCGUCCUACCAACGCCAAAGAAAUUAGAAGCUUCUUGGGAUUAGCCGGGUAUUACCGGCGAUUUGUAGAAGGAUUCUCCAAAAUAGCUACUCCCUUGACCCAUUUGACUAAGAAACGAGCCAAGUUUAUCUGGGACGACAAGUGUGAGAGAAACUUUCAGGAGCUUAAACAAAGGUUAGUUUCUACCCCAAUUUUAACAUUGCCGUCCUUAACUGGAGAAUUUACCAUCUAUAGUGAUGCUUCCAAGAACGGGCUAGGCUGUGUGUUGAUGCAAGAUGGUAAGGUGGUAGCCUAUGCCUCGAGACAGCUGAAACCCUAUAAACAGAAUUACCCGACACAUGACCUGGAGCUGGCCGUAGUGGUGUUCGCCUUGAAACUUUGGAGACAUUAUUUGUAUGGCGAACACUGUGAGGUGUACACCGACCACAAGAGCCUAAAGUAUAUAUUCACCCAGAAGGAAUUGAAUAUGAGGCAAAGAAGGUGGUUGGAACUCCUGAAGGAUUAUGACCUGAGUAUUAAGUACCACCCAGGGAAGGCCAACGUGGUGGCUGAUGCCCUAAGCAGCAAGUCAGUAGUGGGCCCCGCCGCAUUACUCACCACUCAACCACAGAUUCAGAAGGAUCUCGAUAAACUGCGGGUUGAGAUGGUUACCCGAACUGCAAGAAGUCUGCUGGCCACUUUGAGUAUACAACCAACAUUGAUCGACAGAAUAAAAGUUGCCCAGCAGUCUGAUGAGCACACCUGUUAG